CUUCCAUUAUUUUCCCAUAUUCCAUGUUUCAUUUAUAUUAUCGAGUAUAUAGAUCAUGUCAUCAUAAAAUAAUAUGUCAUACCCGACGACGACUUGGUGUAUUAUCAACAACUUUGAAAAACAAAUCAAAACCACUCGACGUAUCAACACCUUUAGAUCUUCCACAGAAACAAUUGAUAUUCAAGACUUGUGCAGGAGUAAGAAAAUCAGAUGGCAAACCAUGUAGACGACGGUUUUUGGUCAAUCCAAAUGAUAUAUCAGCAUCCACUCUUACUUAUUGUCAUGAUCAUCGACCUUCUUCUACUAAACCAGCUUUUACAAAUACCAUACCAACUCAAGGCACGAGUUCUUCAUCGACUGCUUUGAUACCUCACAUCUUGACUUCCUUCAGUACACAAGCUAAACAAUCGAUCGAAACUUCCCCAGUAUAUGAUUGUUGGUCACUAUGGAUUGGAAAACAUAUCAAAACCAAAAAACGUAACCAAAUAGUACGAGAAAUGCUCAAACCAUUUUCAGAAAAGGAUGAAGCUGGGUAUUUGUAUGCUUACCGAUUGACGCAAGGACCUCGUGUUCCCACCACACUUUAUUGUUACUUCAAGAUCGGUCGAUCCACCAACCCAACCCGACGUAUGUUCCAAGUCAAGAGUACGUGUCAUUAUCACCCCAAAUUAUUAGACAUUAUACCACGCAAAGUAAAAAACAAUCAAGAAGAUGAUAUCUCACGUCAUGAUCAAUUACAAAAAUGUCCAUUAUCACAUCGCGUCGAACGAUUAAUUCAUUUAGAAUUGACAAGUCUUUAUCCAAUCACUGGCGGAUUCAAAUGUCAAGUAUGCGGUACAACACAUAGAGAAUGGUUUCGUGUGAAACGACCUCUGGUUCAAGUGGAAAAAAACAAGACACGACGGAUGACAGAUCAAGAAGUAUGGAUGACCAAGAUUCGACCUAUCAUGUUACAUUGGAUUCGUUAUGGUGUAGUUGCUUCCGCUUCUUUACAAGCUUCCUCUUCCUGUUGAUAGAUUAUAUACAUAGUGUAGAUACAUAGAUAAAACAAAUAGAUAGAUAGACAUGUGGAUAGCUUUAUCUCUUUUUUUUUUUUUUUGUGAUACA